GAAUAUGUCUGUCUGGGUAGGAAGUCAUGGUGUCCGCUACAGUGCCGAAUUUAGGAACAUCAUCUAUGAAAUAAACCCUGUGUACUUGCCUUGUGUUUACAAAGAGAUGUUUGAAAACAAUGCCACAAACACAAUGAGGGAAAACGAAGAUAUACAUGAAGACGCGAAAACGUUAAUAAAAGACAGUACCUUUGUUAAGACGAUUGAGAAGGAAAAUGUACAAAAGAACAGAUGUUCAAGCGCUGUUAUAUAUCAAGAGCCGAAUGAAAACAGUAAACAGGAUGAAUUCAGUGGAUGGAAAACUUGUUCCACGGAGCACUCUGCAACAUCUGUUCAUUGCAAUACAACACAAUUAGAGGAUAGUGUGAAACACCGGAGUCACUCUGCUUCAGCCAAACUAAAUGUAUUGAAGACUGAUUCUCCGUCACAAACUACACAAAAAACGGGAAAGACAAAACAGCUUAAAGAUCGCUUUGGUUUUACGAGACCUAUCACAAACGGAGGAGCUGGUACCCAGAAUCAAGAAAGAAAGUCAACUGAUCAGCAGAAGGUCACACUGUCUAAUUACACUACCCCUGGAUAUACAAGUAGAUCAACUAGUCCAAUACAGUAUAAAUUUGUCCAUUUUGAGUUUUCGGAAAACUAUAUAGAACAAUACAGACAAGAAUAUACUAUGGGAAAAAUUGAGGACAUAUCAAUGAAGACUACCAACACGUGUGUUUGUAGAAGAGUUACCAGUACCGUAGUACCCAGCGUUCCUAUGAUGCCAAUGUUCUGUACAACAGAGCCGUAUACACAAGACAGUAUCAAGUUAAAAGUAGCUAACUCAUUUUACAUUGAUACACAGACAGUUAAAACCAGACAUGAUGCACCAAAAAAGAAACAAACAACUCCCAAAUUUACUCAGUUCUCAGAAAGACAAAAGAUGCACCAGAAGCAAGUUUGUGAAAACAAAUCUCCACAUUUUCUGAUUGGUCACAACGGUGUUCUUAAAAUGGGGUACUAUAACAAUCCCUUGGUUGUAGACAAUACUGGUGCAUCCUCAACAAGCAAAUCAUCCGGGUCAUGUCGCAGCAGGCCAUCAAUACAUAACAACGCUCGUGGUCACACUCAUCCAAGCUCUGCUAACUCUCAAUAUAUGGUUUAUCGCAAGAAAUAA